GACCUGGACAAGUGAUUAAUCAGAGAGAUUUACAUCUCCUCCUCCUUUGUUAGCACUAUGGAGAUGCCUAACAAUUUGAAGUAGACAUACAUAGAAUGAGGAUAUAGAUAUACAUAUAUAUGUAUAUAUAUAUAGAGAGAGAGACAAUUUGUUAAGUAGUCAUAUAUGUUUGAAAGAAAGCUGAUUACAAAAUGGAACGUUACGAGAUUCUGAAAGAUAUAGGGUCUGGGAACUUCGGUGUGGCCAAGCUGGUUAGAGAGAGAUUUACUGGUGAGCUGUAUGCUGUCAAGUAUAUUGAGAGAGGCCAGAAGAUAGAUGAGCAUGUGCAGAGGGAGAUCAUGAACCACAGAUCCUUGAAGCACCCCAAUAUCGUUAGAUUUAAGGAGGUCCUGCUAACACCAACUCAUCUAGCCAUAGUAAUGGAAUAUGCUGCAGGAGGAGAACUUUUUGAGAGAAUAUGCAAUGCUGGUAGAUUCAGUGAGGACGAGGCGCGGUUUUUCUUUCAACAACUAAUAUCAGGGGUCAGUUACUGCCAUUCAAUGCAAAUUUGCCAUAGAGAUCUCAAGCUGGAAAAUACACUCUUAGAUGGGAGCUCAGCACCGCGUCUUAAAAUAUGUGACUUUGGAUAUUCCAAGUCAUCUGUGCUGCAUUCUCAACCCAAAUCUACUGUGGGAACUCCGGCCUAUAUCGCACCAGAGGUCUUAUCAAGAAAAGAAUAUGAUGGGAAGAUUGCAGAUGUUUGGUCUUGUGGGGUAACCCUAUAUGUGAUGCUGGUUGGUGCUUAUCCCUUUGAAGAUCCUGAUGAUCCGAGAAACUUCAGGAAAACAAUUAAUCGGAUACUUAGUGUCCAAUACUCAAUUCCAGAUUACGUCCGAGUUUCCAUGGAGUGUAGACAUCUUUUAUCUCGUAUAUUUGUAGCCAACCCCGAAAAGAGAGUAACAAUACCGGAAAUUAAAAAGCACCCUUGGUUCUUGAAGAACAUGCCGAUAGAGUUCAUGGAAGGAGAGGAAGCUAGCUUAGAAAGUACUGAAUCAGAUAAGCCAUCUCAAAGUAUUGAAGAAGUGUUGGCUAUCAUCCAAGAGGCUCGAAAUUCUGCAGGGGGCGCCAAAGUUGGCGGGCUUUUUCUUGGAGGAAGCAUGGAUCUAGAUGACAUUGAUGAUGCCGAUAUAGAUGAUGAUAUAGAGACAAGCGGAGAUUUUGUGUGCGCUCUGUGAGUGCUUUGUUCGUAUCAUGCUAAAAAUGUAAUUCGGGAUAGAAAGCUAAGCUAAGCUAAGGGAAUCAAAUUAUCUGUUCAUUAGAUAAUAUGUCGUUUGAAACCAGGGCUUUGUUGUUUCUCACUUGUGUACUAUGUAAAAUUGUCAAUAAAACUACUUUUCUAAAUGGAAGUUGGAUAAUCUUGUUA